GGAAGACAGAAAUAGCGGGGAAAAAGAUUGCGGUCGAUCUAUCGCGGCCGUUUCGCCAUUGUUUGUCAAUCUCGAUCGUUACGUGAGCGUUUAUGCCGAGCGUGACAUCUAACGAGGAUGCAGGUCGGAAGACGAGAGAUAGAUAGUUAACGCGAGCUAGUCGAGAGCGGUUCGCGACGAGUCGAAGGAGGUAGCUCGAUUUAGUCCUCGAGAAUGAUCACUGCCGAUCGAAGCUUAUGGUUUUUGCUCCUUCUCUCGACGAAGCUCCCCGAGACUCGAUCAUGGUCGGAAACUUCUCGCGAUUGCGCGCCCUCCGAAUCGAAUUUCGAGCGUUCAUCUGGAUCGAGGGUGUCAGAGACGGAAGACGAUCUCGCUCCGACGCUGCUCGAGGAACUCGAGAGUCGUUUGUCGCGUCUCGAGAGAAGACUCAGGGCCGUCGAGCAACCUGUUUGGCAGAUGGGCGUGACCGAAGAAGACUGGGAGACUUGCGCGGAGGGACCGUGCAGAUGUCAGCCGGAAAUGAAAACUGUGUCCUGUUGGCGGCAAGAGUUGUUGGACCUUCCUGCCGCGCAGCUUAGAUCUGGGUGGGAAUCGAUUGACGGCACUCCACAGGGAUACGUUCCUGGAUAUGACUCGACUGAAUCACUUGUGAGUAAAGACACGAUCGAUACCCCUUGGAACAGUUCUCAUCUCGAAGGGUUCCGUUCGCUGGAUCGUUUCAGAGACCUCAGCGACAAUUCGAUCGAACACCUUCCCUUGAAUCUGUUCUUCUCGCUGCAUGCCGUCACGCACGUCAGAUUGAGCAAGAACAUGCUCAGGGAGCUGCAUCGGUCUCAAUUUCUGAACAUGCGAAAUCUGCGCAUUCUCGACGCGUCUUCCAAUAGAUUAAGAACUCUGCCGGACAGCCUCUUCUUGAGCACCACUUCGAUGAUGAUGCUCGACCUUUCCUGCAAUCGCAUCACGAGCUUAGCAUCGGGAACAUUUCACGGUCUAACGACGCUCGAGGAACUUUUGCUGGGAAAAAAUCGUCUCUCGACUUUGGCGAUCGACUUGUUUAGCGAUUUGGUCAACCUAAAGUUUCUUCGUCUAGAAGAGAACCGAUUGAAGGAUCUACCGGACGAGGUGUUCCGGAGUCAAACAUCGCUUCGGGAACUGAACGCGAGAGGCAAUCAGCUCGCGACGAUAUCCGAUGGUUUGCUGCUUCCUCUCCAACAGCUACAGUCUCUCGAGAUGUCGAACAACAAGAUAACUCGGAUCGACCCGUCCGCCUUUCAAGGAUUGCUCGCGCUAGAAGAGCUUCAGCUAGGCCAUAAUCAAAUACAAACCUUGACGCCAGGACUGUUCUCAACGACCGGGUCUUUGAAGCGGCUGGUGAUUUACUCCAAUGGCAUAGAAAUCCUAUCGCGUGGCGUUUUUCGUGGGCUAACCAACUUGACAUCUCUGUUUCUGCACUCGAAUCAUCUGAGGAUACUGCAUCCUGAGCUAUUCCAGGACACGCCCAAUCUACGGAAACUGCAACUGGAAUCCAAUUACCUGUCCUCGUUACCGCCGCGAAUACUGGACCCCGUACCCCACAUCGAGCAGCUCCGGCUUGCUAGGAAUCCUUGGCAUUGCGAUUGCGCAGCCUCCUACCUGGCCACGUGGUUGCAGAAAAAGUACCUAGCCUGCACGAAUGGCUCCUCGGACGCGACGGAGAACGUGGGCGCCUGGGAAUUUGGUGCUGGAGCGAUAUGCAGGGGUCCCGGCACUUUGGGAGGAAAGUCGUUGAUGCAUUUAACGUUCCACGAGCUCUGCGAGGGUCAGUGGGCCUCGAUGAGAGGUCUAGCCCCGCGAAUCCCCGUCGACCACGUGGGGGGUAACAGCGGUCAGCCACCCGGUCCUCCUGGCCCACCACACGAUUUCCCAUCGAAAGACUCCGUCUCGGGACAGUAAUGCCGCGCGUAGCGUUAAAAAAUCGUCAAUGAACAACAUGCAAAUCACGGGUAGAAAAUUUGUUCUCGGAACUGGUGAACUGAUACGAACCGCUCGACAAGAACAGCCGAAAAAAACAAAUAGUGGCGGGGAUGAGUCCUGAUCGCGAAUUCGAACAACAAACUUUUAUUAAUAUACCAGAGAUUAUCGUAUCCACGUACCGUAUUCGCUGUUCGCUCGCUUGCUUCGCAGCGAUAACAAAGUUCGACGUCUCGGUUCGUUUGUGUUUUGUUUCGAUGACAAGUUUUUUGAAGCGUAUACGGAGACAGAGGGCAGUCGAGCGUGAAAUAUUGCCAGCGGAUAACGUCGUUAUCGCUGUUUAAAGUUUUAAAGAAAUUUAUUUCUCGUUGCCGAUGCCGG